ACUAUUCUCCUUGUGAAACCGGCAAUUUUGUGUUGUUAUGGAUUGAAAAUCUACGAAAAUUGUCUGAAAUAUUUUGUUAGACUCUAUCGCCAACAGACGUUGCACAAAAGGUUCUUGCUUUGAUAAAGUCGUGUGAAAAAGAACAAUUUUGUGCCUAAUUGAAUUUUGAAAUUCAAUAAAUUUUAUUACGUAUUUAAGUAAAAUAUGGAAGGUGGUGAUGGCGGUAGUUUUGACCCUUGUGAGUGCAUUUGUAGCUACGAAGGUGCAAUGAGACGUCUUAUUUCUUUGCUACGAAGCUCACAAAGUUAUUGCACAGACAAUGAAUGUUUCACGGAACCUCCUGGUCCUCAAGGUAGUGGUAGUAAUGGUGGCUCCAACAUGAUGUAUGUUCUCAUAGCAUGGAUAAUUGCAGCUGUUGUCUUGUUUCUACUUCGACCACAGAACUUAAGACAAUCAAGCAAUGAAAAGCCUUCUAACCAGGGAUCUGGUAACCCUCCACCACCUGCUCCACCCAUUCAAUAGAUGAUUGAACAUCAGUACCAGUGACCAAAGGAAAUAAUGCAUACAAUGAUUGAAUUAAAGAUGUGAAUAAAUUACUGUGUAUAUUACAUUUAAUGCAAAUUUGUAGAAUGUACGUUUAGAGUGUAAAAUAGACAUUUUUCAUCUUUGUUUCUCAGAAUCAUUUGAGACACGUACCACUGAAUUCAAGAUAUCCAAAAAUAGUUAA